GUGGGGAUUUGAAAUGAUGACUCAUGAUGUAAUUGACUGCUGAUGACUAGGCUACAAACAUUCUGACAGACACACACAAACACACACUUCCUCACAACAACCAUCAAAGAAAGCCAGACUGGAGGACAAGACUGGGCCAAAUGUGAUUAAAAAGAUAACUGCCGCGGUCCUCGUUCUCGAAAACCCAGACAUAUUGUUUUCGUGCUCUGCACCGGGGAGAGGCUACACCGCAUUGGUGGUGUAAGACUGUUAUGGAAGCCACAUGCCCCGGUACCUCUCUUUCUCGCCUCGGAUCUCCGCUGACAGUAACGGCGCAGUCCACUAUCAAUUUGCACUAAAUACAGUGAGAGUGAACUUGUAAAACGGGAAGACAUGAGAGGCCAACCGCGGCUGUCCCUGGUCGCCUUCUCGGCAGUGCUUCUCUGUCUGUGUCGCGCAACAAUCGCAGUUUCCAACCAGACACGCGGCGGCCGCGAUGCGCAAUUACCAUCAGCGUCAGCAUCUUCAUCAGACGAGGGAAGCGAGAAGGACGUGGAUGUCUCCCCAAACUCUGGCCAACACCAUAACUACGGUAUUGAUUAUUUCAGUAAGAAUGAAACUAUGAGCAUACCAAAGCUGGAGGGGGACCUCAGCUAUAGGAAUGGCACUUCAUCCAUCAACACCAGCAGAGGCAAUACAGGAACCACCGUGAUAUCUGGCAGGCCAGACCAUGUGCAAGGUGAAACAAGGUGGGUCAUGGCCAUGGAGGGAGAAGUGGCACCAAUAUGUGCCUACCGGGUAACAGAGGGGGGAAUCGGGGGGCGGUUGUGUUUUCGACACACACAGCAGGGGUUCAGGUGUCAUCAUGGAGACUGCCGGACUGUUCCGUCUCCAGGAGGGUCCCUGGUGGCCAACGUUCUGACCAAUGGUAGUGUGCUGCUACAGUGGACAUACGAAGGUCUGAGGGGAGAGGCUCAAGGGACAACCAAAGGAAACACAGCUAGACAUGACCUAGAUAAACAAGAGACAGAGACUAGAGGAACAAGUGUAGAGGGACAGAAAGGGGCCCCUAGGACAGGGCUUGGGGUAGAGAGCAGGAUUUUGAUUGCACCACCAAAGAGGGUAUUCAGUGGACGACGGGUCAGAAGAGGUGGGUUUGCGCUGAGCUGCUGGUGGAAUGGGAGCUACACCCAGUUUGAGUGCGCUGGUCUUCAUCUUGGCUCCGGUUGCAGGGACUUCCUGCUGACUGAGCUCCAUGAGAAUGUCCCUUACCGCAUCUGCCUACAUCCGCUGGCCUCCACCCUGACCCCACCGCCCCACUCAGGAGGAGCAGGCCAAAGACAGGACCUGGGAGACUGCUUGGAGUUCACUGUCUCACCAUUGGGCAUGCAGGACAUUGUGAUCGCCAUGACAACAGUGGGAGGAGCCAUCUGUGUGAUGCUGGUCAUCAUCUGCCUGUUGGUGGCAUACAUCACUGAGAACAUCAUGAGCCCCACGACACAGCACUCACACUCCACAUACCACACACACUCUCACCACUAAUGUCACUCACGCACGCACGCACACACACACACACACACACACACACACACACACACACACACACACACACACACACACACACACACACACACACACGGGCACACACUUGUAUCCUUGUUAAGCAAUAUCACACAAAUUUAUUUUACAUCUAAAUCAAUACACUAAAAACACAUGUAUGUAACAUACUGUGAUUGAACAACCACACACACAUAAUAGAAAUCUCACACAGAUUCAGGGCAUCGCACCUUACACACGACUAAAAUACAUCAUACCUGUGCAAGCUUGUGGAAAAACGAUGAACUAAGCCUCAGAAUAGACCACCACACUUUCAAAUACUAUUAAAUACUUUUCAAAUGAUAGGGCUCAGAUAAUUACAUCUCUGUUUGUGUGUGCAUAUUUUCCUCUCAUGUGUAUUUAUCUCAUUAGCCUUUCUGCUAGUAAUCAACGUGUGCUGUGUUAGAGAUAGUAAGAUGGUAGUCGGUAGGCCUACCUAAGAGUGAAACAUUGUCUACAGUUGAGCAGAGGAAAAACAAAUGUGUGCCAACCAGUAUUUCUAAAGAUGUCUCUAUUUUUUUGGAGCCCAGUUAUAGAUUGGUUAUGAUUACCUCUGUUAAGUGCCAAAUAAUAAGUGCAAGCACAGUAGGUAAUUUAAUUAGUGCUUUCUUCAUUUUUACCUCAGAGUUGAUUCAUUUAAUUAAUGUCAACAAUUAACCCCCAGGCAGCCAAGAAUGAUUCCUAUUGCCAUAUCUUGUCAUGGCUGUAGGGAUGGCUGUAUGUCAUAGACCUUAAACAGGCUGGUCUGCUCUGCAGUCUGCCAAAUACUGUACCAAACCUCUAUUUUAGGAGGCUCCGUGGAAUCAAUAAAACACACCGAAUAUGUGUGUAUGUGUACCCAUGUACAGAAAAAUAUUAUUAAUAUUUGUAUCUAUCCGUCCAUCCAUCCAUCGUACAAA